AUGUCGUUGCUAAGAACACUCCAAAGACAACCCAGAAUCAUAUCGUUAUUUGCCUACGAUCUGGAGAAUUGUAAGCCCGCCGGUUCCAUCGUGCAGUUCUUAAAGAGCGACACAUCCAACCAAUUCGAUCUUGAGUUAUGCACGAGGUUUCCCACACUGGACCAAUUGUUGUACAUGUACAAAUUCAAAGAGCCUCUGAGUCGAGAAAUCUUGAACAAUCAAAUAAAAAACUUGAAUGAGAUCCUGAAGCUCAAGUCGUUCGACUCUAUUUUUGGUUCCACGCUGGAACAUUGCGUCAAGAUAGGUGUAUGGAACCCCAAACAUGCUUUGUGGGUAGACUGGGAGAAAGCCAAGCUCGGAAGCAGCGUCAAGAGCAUCAAGCAGUCUCUGAACCAGUGA